GUGACCCUAAGGAGGAUUCCUUAAGGUCACUCCUCCUCCUGGGGACCAGAUUCCAGGCUUCUCAGGACUGGAGAAGGGGGAACGCGUCUUCCCUUCCCAAAGCGCCAGCUCGUUUAGAUACAGGUGCCUGGGGCUUUGGCCCUUGUCGCUGACGAGGGGUAGGUGGAACGGGGAACACUCCUUUCUUUCCGAUACUGGUGACUGUGAGUGCGUCUCGAAGGAUGGGGGUGCUGAGCCUACCGCUUCGCUCGUUAGGGAACAAAUUGCUGUUUUGGCCCCGGCGGCUCCUCUGGGCGCGGGCGGCAGCCGAGCUCUCUGGCAAAUCGUGGGAGGGAGGAGGAGCGGUGCUGGCAGGCAAGUCCGGGGGACCGUCGCAGCGCGGGAGGCCAAGAAGCGACGGCCGCCCCGGGCCCGGCUCCGCCCCGCCGGGAAGGGGCUCCCUGCAGCCGCCCCCGGGCAGCUCCCCGCACGGCGCCGCGAGGAGCUCUCCAGGACUGAGCUGGGUGAGGCGCGGGGCUCGGCCUUCCUCGCUCCCCCGGUGCCAGGACCCGCAUGCACAAGGGCUACCCACCCUCUGGUUUCCCGGCAGCUCCUGCUUGCGGGGGCACUUCAUAAGAGCAGCUGGAUCCAUUUUCCAGAGAGUCAAGUUGAGGAUGAGAAAGUCUCGAGGGCCGGACAGCUGUGCGCGCAGAACCCCCGCCCCAUCUGCUUUUAGAUUUCCCGGGUGUGGCUGGAGCCCCUCUAGAGCGCCGGCCUUCGCUGGCCGCCGGGCCUUCACCUGCGCCUGUCGCCCUGUCCCCUUGCCCACUGCAUUUUCCUCGGGAAGAGCAUCUUCCACAGCAUGCGCCCCCCACCCCACACGCCCCGAGCCCUUCUCCCAUUCCGCCGGGGGAGAAGCGGCUGCUAGGAGGCUCUCGGAGAGCCCCCGGACUGCGGAGAAAGACGCCUCCCCUCUGCAGCUGAGGCCGAGUCAGCGGGAGGGGGCCGGCCGUUCGCCAGUGGUUCUCCGAGGGACUGGCGGGGAGGCCCGCAGGGUAGGAUCAGGGCGGUCGCCGCCUCCCCGCCCCCACCGAGGUCCCGAAGGGAGGGGAGCCCUCGGCGGGAGGCCUGUCCCUUUAAGGAGGCGGCCCUGGCUGGGUGUGCCCCGUCUCCAUGGUUACCCCGGUGCAGGCGGCGGGCGCGGGAGGGAGGGAGGGAAGCUGCAGCUUCUCCCCGACAGACGGAGGGAGCUGCCGAGAGCCGGCGCCGAGCGAAGCCCGAGCGGAAGCCCACCCGCAGCCGACACGCGAGCCGCUGUCGCGGAGGGAGGUGCUGAGAGCGCCGCGGCUGCGGGGCCUGGAGCCCGGGAUUCGUGGGCGGCGAGGGUGCGAGGGGUCGCGCGCCAUGCUCCGGGUCCCGACGGCGCGGACGCCCCCUCGCGCGCCCGCGGCCGGCGCGACCCGAGAUCCCGGUCUGGGCAUUGCCCCCCGACGGCUGCGCUAGGGAGCGCGGGGCCCGGCGGGGGGCGGCCGAGCUGGGCGCCCUCCCCCGGCGCGGAGUCCCCGCACCCCGGAGGGAUGGGGCCGGCAGCCGCGGGCGCCUAAGAUGCCGGCCAUGCGGGGCCUCCUGGCGCCGCAGAACACCUUCCUGGACACCAUCGCUACGCGCUUCGACGGCACGCGUGAGUCCGACCCUCGCCCACUAGCACCCGGGCCGCCGGACCCUCGCCAGGGCUCCCGCCUGCCCUGAACCCCCAGCAGCCCAGCUUGGCGCCCGCCAGUUCUCACCCUCUACUCCCUACCCGCCCCUCUUGAGGCUGGGGCCAUCGUCUCCUGCUAGGAGCCGUUUCCCCGAAGGUUCGGGGUCAACACUGCUUCAGGCGAGGCAACAGGACCAGAAGUCCCUGGGUGUGGGUCCUGGGAUGCUCUCUGUUAGCUGGGUCUCCAACCCGAACCUGGUCAGUCUGACCCGUCCCACCCCUGCGUCUGGCGCUGUCGCAGCAACUACCCUCAGACUGGCGGGGUAAGGCGAGGCGGGUGAGCAGUGCUCGGGGACAGCUGAGAGGGCUCAAAAAACAGAUUUAGAAAAGAGAUUUGCAAACGGAGAUAGAGUAGGCGGGACUCGGGAGAGCAUGGUGUGUCCAAGCCCCGUGUCUCAUAGCCUGAACCCCCUAGACUUGGGGAGGCCAUCUAGCCCCAAGAAGAUGGUCUGGGGACUCCCAUCAGGACUGGCGAAGUUUGGAGAAGGCGCCCCAAGCUCUGGAUCCCCGGUUCCGGGGGCUCUGAGCACAGGGGAAGUGGUGAAAGCCCCUCCCCCCUCCUCUCCCUCACAUCCCCCGUGGGGCUUCCCAGCUCUCUGCCUAGGUCCUCCUUGGUCUCCGGUUCCUGAUAGGGGGUGGGAGCCCAGCACUGAGCUCUCCCCCCUCUGGGCUCCUCCAUCUGCUUUGCCAGUUUGCUUGGCUCCUGCAGCCUGCUGAUUCAGUGCCCCCUACUCCCCAAUACAUUCCUGGCUCCUGGCUCCCGAGCUCAGUCACCAUUCUUACACCCCCAUUCUUGAUCACAUUCACUAAUUCCUGAGCCAGGUCAGGCAGCUAGGGCUAAAACACAGACAGCAGGAUGUAUGGUGGUCUGGGGUUGCCUCCCAGUCUAGGUGUGUCCCAGUGGGAGAAGCCAGACAGCCAACCUGGGUACCUGGCUUGUGGGUGAGCCUGGCAGAAGUAGAGGUGGGGCUGAGGCUGGCGCAGAGCUGGCAGUGCAGUCCUUGUUAGGGAAUCCCCAAUCCCAGCCCUUACCCCACAUUGCUCAGGACACCCUCCAGAGGGCACAGUGCCCGUACAGCGUUUCAUUCACUGACCUCAGUUCACACGUACUGAUCCUUGAAUGUACUCACACCUGCUGCAGGGCACUGACAAACAGGUGACACACACUAAUUGCCAUUCAUAAACAGCCCGGCCCUAACACACACAGGAUUCCUGGGGUUUGAAAAACCCACUAUUUGGUUGCAGGUAUUUGGGAAAGGAGGGGUGGUAGGCCUCCUGCCCCUUCACCCCACGCCUCCUCUGAGAGGUGCUCUCUUGCAGACAGUAACUUCGUGCUGGGCAACGCCCAGGUGGCGGGGCUCUUCCCCGUGGUCUACUGCUCUGAUGGCUUCUGUGACCUCACGGGCUUCUCCCGGGCUGAGGUCAUGCAGCGGGGCUGUGCCUGCUCCUUCCUUUAUGGGCCAGACACCAGUGAGCUCGUCCGCCAACAGAUCCGAAAGGCCCUGGACGAGCACAAGGAGUUCAAGGCUGAGCUGAUCCUGUA